AUGUCAAUUCAACCUCUGAUUAAAAGAGCACGCACAGCAAUUAGUGAUAGCUUCAAAAAUACGAUUUGUCAAUAUUCUUUGACAAAUCCAAAUCAAACACACCAGCAAAUUGCUGAAUAUUUUAAUAAUCAAGAUGUAAAAAUAAAUCUUGACCGUUCAACUGUGUCUAAAAUUUUAAAAAACAAAGACAGAUGGUUGGCUGUGGUUGAAAAUCAAGCUGUUGCUGAGAUUUUCCGACACAGGAAAGUAAAAUAUCCUUUGUUGGAUAAAUCUAUGCAAUUAUGGAUUGAGCAAGUUAUUCAGGGUGAAAUGUUUUUAACCAAAACAAUGAUCAAAGAAAAAGCUUCUUAUUUUAUUCAGGCUCUUUCUUUGCCUAAUGAUGCUCUCAAAUUAUCCAAUAGCAAAGGCAAGCGUGGUACAAAUCGAGGAAGUGUAUAUAGAAUUCCUGAUCUGUCCAACCAACGCCUAACAAAUAUCAAGGUUGAAUUUUUGCCUCCCAAUACUACGGCACAUCUUCAACUGAUGGAUGCGGGUAUUAUUAAAAGUUUCAAGGCAAAAUAUCAAGAAAAAUAUAUUCGACGUAUAUUGAAUCAAUUUGAAAACGGAGAGGAUAUCCAAAAAAAUAAGAUCAAUAUCAAAGAGGCUAUUAAUUACGUGGCAGAAUCGUGGGACGAGGUGACAGAAUUGACAAUCAUGAAUUGCUGGAAAAAGACGGGCAUUUUGCCAUUAGUGUCUAAUGAUAAGGUUGAGUUUGAUGAGAAUAUACACCAGGAAUCAUCCAGGCAAGAGGAAUGUCAAAUUGGUGAACUACUAAGUGAUUUCACAAGCAAAGAAACAAAUCCAACUAUUAUACAAGAAAUACAACGCUAUGUAACGAUCACCAAUGCAAAUAUACCUACUGAAGAACCUCUCAAUGAUGCUCAAAUUGUUGAAAUUGUACUGGCAGAACAAUUAGAAGAUGAGCAAGGUGAUCCUGACAACAGUGAUGAGGAAUUAUGCAAUAUUCUACCUUCAAACGCAUUACUUGGAUUAAAAAAAUUUUAUCAU